CUAUGACUAAUCUAAUAGCAAUGCUUAUUGGAGGCUAAGCCAACGUGGAGUAUUUUGUGUUAUAUGGUAAUCUAUUGACCCUUUGUUUAAUAAAGAGAAAUUGAUUUGAUGGAAUAGUUAUUACUCCUACUACCACACAACACAACACAACACAAGCCAAACACAGCUAUGAGAAAAAAGAAUCUUAGAAUUGCAGCAGCAGUGUAGUCAGACAGCUAGUAUUAGUAGCCAAAAGGAAAGCGUGCUAAAUAAGAAACUGCCUCUUCCUCUCUUCAAUUUUGCUCUUUCUAAAAGGAUCAAAUGACUGGAACGGAAAAAGAACAAGAUGUUUCUAGAGCUGAUGUUAAUUCUCACUUGCAUUCAUCAAAAUAUGAUAACAAUGGUAGCCAAUUUCAGAGGCUGCAAUAUCAAGUUACAAAACUGUUCAAGGGCUUUUCAAGUCCACCUGAAGUUGAAAAUGAAAACAAAACUUACAAUCCUGAGAUUUUGACUAGUCUCAAGCGUCAAUGGGCUGCAAAUUUUCAGUUGAAGUAUAUGGGUCAUAGGUCUUUCAAGAAGCCCUCACAACUGUUUGAAAGCAUAGUGGUUGUUGGACUUCACCCGAAUUGUGAUGUUCAGACACUACAUAGACAAUUUGUUGAUAGAAAAUUUGAAGAAUCUGCCAAAUUGAGAAGUGCACUUGGUUGUCAGAAUCAAUCUCUUGUAGAACCCAAUAUUGAACCUCAGGUCUUGUUUGUUUAUCCUCCAGAAAAACCUAUGCCUCUUAAAUGCAAGGAUCUUCUUUCUUUCUGUUUCCCUGGAGGCUUGGAGGUUCGAGCUGUUGAGAGAACCCCUUCUAUGAGUGCGUUGAAUGAAAUUUUUUACGGACAGGAACACCUUAAACAAAUGGAUCUGUCAUUUGUAUUUAGGUUACAGGGUUCUGACAAUUCAACACUUUAUGGGUGUUGUGUUUUGGUUGAAGAACUAGUGCAAAAGCCCUCUGGAUUGCUGUCUCUGAUUUCUGACAAGCAACCAUCUUACUCUUCUUUAAGACGUUAUGUGUUAACCACUCAGAGAUGUUACUGCAUCCUUUCAAGGCUUCCAUUUUUCAAACUGCACUUUGGUGUAUUAAAUAGCAUCUUCACUCAAGAAAGGUUAGAGAAGUUGACGAAAAGUGUUGAAGAUUCAAAUUUAGAAUUUGUUGAAGGUAGCUAUGAUGAAGAAAACUCAGGGGGAAAUUCAGAAAAUGUGUUGGUGAGCGAUGAAAUUAUAGAACACGGGUUUCAUGAAAGUUCAUUGAUUUCUCAAUCAAGAGUAAGAGCAUCUACACCUGAAAACAUUGUUGGUGAUGGUCACCCGGAGAGCCUAAUGGUUGAUGGAGAGCUGCAGUCAUACAAGGAGAAAAUCGAUUAUGACAGUGUUGUAUCUACUGAGCAUGAAACUGAUAGGACAACAGCCAAUGAAGAAUAUGGCCCUACAGUUUCUGAAGAGAGUGAUGAUCACCCAGAGAACCUAAUAAUUGAUGGAGAGCUGCAGGGGAAAAUCGAUAAUGACAGUGCUAUGCCUACGGAGCAUGAAACUGAUAUGACAGUAGUCAAAGAACAAUCUGGCCCUAUAAUAUGUGAAGACAAUGAUGACAAUCCGGAGAACCUAAUGGUUGAUGGAGAGCUGCAGUCUUAUAAGGAGAGAAUUGGUUAUGACAGUGUUGUGCCUACUGAGCAUGAAAUUGAUAGGACAGAAGUCAAAGAAGAAUCUGGCACUACAAUUUUUGAAGAUAGUGAUGGCCACCCAGAGAUAUUGGUUGAUGGAGAGCUGCAGUCUUAUAAGGAGAGAAUCGAUUAUGACAGUGCUGUGCCUACCGAACAUGAAACUGAUAGGAAAAUAGCCAAAGAAGAAUCUGGCCCUACAAUAACUGAAGACAGUGAUCAGUAUGGAGAUGCUUUUGCAACCAAUAAGGAAUUAGAAGAUAGUAAUUUACCCAAUGCUAUUUUGCCCCUCCUGCGUUCUUGCCAGUACGAAAGCUCUGAAUCAUCCUGCAGUUUUCAAGGCUCACCUUGUGAAGACAGAAAUUUCAGGAGGGAUAUUGAUGAUAAUGAGACAGAAGAUGCAUCUUUUUCCUGCCAAGAGAAGUUAAAUGACUUAAAUGAUAUUCUUGAAUGGGCCAUGGAAAAUGACCAUGGACCACUACAAAUUAUAUGCGAGUAUUACCGGCUAAAUUGUCCUGCCAAGGGUUCAGCACUUACAUUUCAUCCUUUGGAGCACCUGCAUCCCUUGGAAUAUCAUAGACCAGCCGGAACAGUACCAUGUCGUACUGGUUCAAUAUUUGAUUUGAAAAGUUGCAGUACCGGUCCAGAGUUAGCUGAUGCACAUAACACUCCCGUGGUAGAAGAGGCAACUUCGUUAUCUGUAUGGACUAUAGCAUGCUUAUGUGGUACCUUAAGACUUGAAAAUGUAUUAACAUUCUUAGCAGGAGUUCUCCUGGAAAAGCAGAUAAUUGUUGCCUGUUCUAAUUUGGGAGUCCUAUCUGCUUCAGUUUUAUCAGUUAUUCCGCUAAUCCAGCCCUACCGAUGGCAAAGCCUGCUAAUGACAGUUUUACCAAAUGACAUGCUUGAUUUUUUAGAUGCACCUGUUCCUUACAUAGUUGGUAUCAAGAACAAGAUCAGUGAAGUCCAGUCGAAGUUUACCAAUGUUAUUGUGGUUGAUGCCGACAGAAACCAGGUGAAGUCACCAACACUACCACAACUGCCAAGACAGAAAGAGCUAAUAUCGUGUUUACGCCCUUAUCACGACACUCUUGUAGGAGAAAGUUACUUGGGAAAGAGAAGGCCAGUGUAUGAUUGCACAGAAUCGCAGAUUGGAGCUGCCAAGGGGUUCCUUUCGGUGUUGCGGUCUUAUCUGGAUUCUCUUUGCUAUAACAUCCGUUCUCACACAAUUACCAAUGUACAAUCAAACGACGAUAAGGUAUCUUUGCUUUUGAAGGAGAGUUUCAUCGGCUCAUUCUCGUAUCGUGAUCAACCUUUCAUGAAGCUCUUCGUCGAUACACAGCUUUUUUCUGUACACACAGACAUUAUGCUCUCUUCUUUACAAAACGAAUAGAGCAACCAUGCAAAACAUUCUGGAAAUAUCAUUGUAUUGUUUCAAGCGUGAACAUAAGCAAGGUUGUGAAAAUCACGAUCUAGAUCUUAAAAUCUUGAGCGAAAGUUCAGUGUUGUAUAAUUUUUUUAUGGAGUUAAAAUCUUGAAUGAAACUUCACUUGUAAAUAAUUAUUAUUUGAAUUAUAUAUUCAAUUCUAAAUUACAUAGUAAA